CCCCAGACCACCCAGCCCCCACGCCGCCGCCCCCAAAUCCCCAGUCCCCAGCGCCGCCCCGGCGAGCGCCCGGCCCCGGCCGCCGCCGCCGGCACCUCCCUGGUGCAGUAAAGUUGGCUGCCAUGUAGGCCCUACUGCGAGGCUACUCUCCUCUCAAAGAAAAUAGAAGAAAAAAAAGAGGGGAGGAAUCAAUUCCCCACUCGCCCAUUCCCCUCUGAAUCGCUCGAUGGAGCGGAGCGGCGGCGAGGUCUCCGCCAUGGGAUCGAGGGUCUCCUCCGACUCCGACGCCGCCGCCGGCGAGGACCGUCUCAGCGCGCUUCCCGACGACGUCCUCGUCCUCAUCCUCCUCCGCCUAGACACGGCUGCUGCUGCCCGGACCAGCAUCCUCUCCCGCCGCUGGCGCCACCUCUGGGCGAUCCUCCCGGAGCUCCACUUCCGCGUGGCCCCUGAGCCAGCCCGCACCCGCGCCAUCCUCGAGUCCCACGAGGCGGCCCUCCGGUUCCUCCGCGUCAGAACCCUGGGCGCCGCCCCCGACUCCGUGGCAGCAUGGCUCCCCGCCGCCGCGCGCCGCCUCUCCGGCCGCUUCGUCUUCAUAAACGAAGACGCCGCCAAGGAAGGCGGCGAGGAGGAGGAGGAGGAGGAGGAGGAGCAAGGAGGCGCCUUUGAGCUGCCCUGCUUCGGGAAAGCCACCGCGAUCUAUCUCGGCCUAAGGUCCCUCGGUGUUGCCAUGCCACAGGCAGGCAUUUUCGCCCGGCUCACAGAGCUAUCCCUGUUCCGCGUCCGGUUGCACGGCCCGUGUGAGCUCGGCGACGUCAUCUCCUCGCCGCGGUGCCCGUGUUUGCAGAAGUUAUGCAUCUAUUUUGUCUGGGGGCUGAACAAUCUCGCCAUCCAUUCUGGGUCUCUCCUGCGAGUGGAGCUCUUGUUUGUCCGGGGGCUGAACAAUCUCGCCAUCCAUUCUGGGUCUCUCCUGCGAGUGGAGCUCGAUGAUCUGGGUGACUUGCAGCAGCUCACCAUUGGGGCACCGGUCCUUGAGUACCUACAAGUCUCAGGUUGCAUCUUUAAUGAUGAGAAUCAGCAACUCGCCAGCAUCUCAGCUCCUCAGCUUGUAUUUCUCUACUGGAGCGACCCGUAUGAUCCGAGCUCCGUUGAUCUUGGCAAGAUGGAACGUGUUCAACGGCUGAGCACUUCCGACUUUCUUGUUUAUGGGCCAAAUAACCUUGCAGUUGCACACAAUCGUGGUUGUGUAAGGCUCCUCGAGCGUUUCAAGGUCGUGGAAGAUCUUAUUCUCACACUGAAAUAUUUUGGGGAGAUAGAAAACUUUGCCUACUUGAUGGAUGACAUGACUGUGCUCCCUGACAUCACAUUUUUGAAGCUGAAUGUAUUGGCAUAUGGGCAUGCCUUUGGGGCCAGCGCAUUUCAUGUUCUUAGGAUGUGUUCUGGUAUAAGAAGGUUGAAGCUGUUUCUUGCUCCUACUCACUCUGAGGUAUAUGCUCCUUGUUUCAGGCACAAAGUUCAUGCCCAUCAGUUUGCAUUUGUGGUCAGCAAGCAAACUGGAAGACUGAGGAAGUGUCGUUGAAUCGCCUUGAAGAAGUAGAAAUCACUGGAUUGAGAGGAUCUGAAAAUGAAAUUGCUUUCCUGAAGCGACUGUUAAGUUGGGCGGCAUUGCUAAAAAUGAUGACAAUAUAUUGUGAUAAUUCAGUUGCAGAAAAAAUGGCCAACGAGCUGCGCCAGAUGUUACGGAGCUUCUCUAGGACAGAAGUAUGCAUGAAAGUUUACACAUAUGAGGACAUGAUCAAGGCGUUGUGUGAGAAGUCUAGCUAAGGCAGUGCGUUAUCACUUUAAGGGCUGAACGUUGUUUUUGUAGUUUUCUUCUUUGCUAUGAUUUGCUGUGCUUUGGAACAUAAAAAUGCCAGCAGAUUAUUGAAAAAAUUGUUAAGACCCAUCAUUCUACUCUGAGAGUUAUUUUAUGUCUUGUUUUUCGCUUAUGGAUUUUU